AAACCCGCGAAAGUUGAGUUCAGUAUUAUUAUUAUUCGAAAAAUUCGCGAAAUUUCGUCAUUAUAAAAAUCGAAUUAGUUAUCAGUAAAUAAGUGUCGUUUAUCGUUACGGGCUAAUUGUUUGUGAAUUUAUCGUGAACUUGAAGACUUACCACUUACUGACUUAUUAAAGGAAUGCAUAGAUUAAGAGUAAUUCCAACAUCUUUGAAAUUAUCGAGGCGUUAUACGGAUUCUGCCAUACUUUCCUCCUCCCUGCUCUCAAAGUCAAAUUUGACACAUUCAAGAUAUUUCCAUCAACCUCCCGAGAAUAGAGGACAGCCUGUAGUAACUUUCAUUCCCUUGAAGAAACCUUUUGUGCUUAUCAAAUCCGAUGACACCAAUAGACUGAGCUCCAACAGUGGAGAAACCAAUAAUAAUAAUGUGAUAUCGAAAGAGAAGCUACCAGGAACCUCAGGUCAAGAUGGCAGCAGGAAUGCUGAUGACCAGAAUCAACACGACCCACAACAGCAACCAGCAAAUUCUUUAGAUCUCGGUAGCGUUGCAAUUGCAUUUGCUGCGCUAACGCUAGGAUUAAUUGGAAUUUGCCAUGCAGACAAUGCCGCAGCGGAAGGGGAUGCUGGAGGAGAAGUUGAAGUUGCCAAAUUUUUGGACGCCGCAAAGAAGGGAGACAACUUUGUUUUAAAGAGGAUGAUCGAUCAGAAACUUGUCAAUAUAAAUUCUCGUCAUACACUGGGAUGGACUGCAUUACACGUUGCAGCUAUGAAUGGUUAUGCUUCCACGGUCAAAUUGCUAAUUGACAAUGGUGCUGAUAUUAAUCUCGGGGAUGAAUUCACCACAGCUUUUCACAUAGCAAAGAAAACUCAGAUGCAUUCGUUGGAAGUGCAGAUUGAAAGAGAAGACGAGUUUAGUGAUAGACUUAGUAACAGGGUGAAUUUUAAAGGGUGUACUGCCCUUCAUUACGCUGUUCUUUCUGAUGAUUUAACAACUGUAAAAGUCCUUUUGACCAGUGGAGCCAAUCCUAGUGCUGAAAGUGAUUCCGGUCAUUUGCCAAAACAGUACGCCAAGGAUCCCGAUAUUAAGAAAUUGCUUGAUAAGGCUGUUGCAGAGUACGAAAUCACAAAAAAAUUGAAAGAGGCAGAAGAGAGACGUAGAUUUCCAUUGGAGAAACGAAUUAAAGAAGUUAUUGUUGGGCAAGAUGGUGCUAUCACGACUGUUGCAUCAGCAAUCCGCCGGAAGGAAAAUGGAUGGUGCGACGACGAACAUCCAUUGGUAUUCCUGUUUCUUGGUUCGAGUGGCAUAGGAAAAACUGAAUUAGCAAAGCAAGUUGCAAAAUACCUCUUCAAGGACAAAAAGGAAGCAUUUAUUCGAAUGGAUAUGUCAGAAUAUCAAGAGAAACAUAGCGUAGCAAAGUUUAUUGGGUCUCCACCUGGUUAUAUUGGAUACGACGAGGGCGGUCAGCUAACUAAAAAAUUGGAAAAGUUUCCCAAAGCUGUAGUGUUGUUUGAUGAAGUCGAGAAGGCCCACCCCGACGUACUUACUGCUUUACUACAGUUAUUUGAUGAGGGGCGCAUGACCGAUGGCCGAGGUAAAACCAUCGAGUGCAAAGAAGCCAUCUUCAUAAUGACUUCUAAUCUAGCUAGUGAAGAAAUAGCAGAACAUGCAAUCCAACUCCGUGAAGAGGCUCAAGAACUAUCCAAAGAACGAUACGAAGGUACAAUAGAUGAUCAAGAAGUUCAUGAACGCAUCUCCAUCUCCUCCAAGUUUAAGGAGAUGGUCGUCAGGCCGAUUCUUAAGCACCAGUUUAAGAGAGAUGAAUUUAUUGGGAGGAUAAACGAAAUCGUAUAUUUUCUACCCUUUUCGAAAUCUGAACUAACCCAGCUCGUGACAAAGGAAUUAGCUUACUGGAAUACGAAGGCAAAAGAAAAACACGGCAUCGAAUUAAAGUGGGACAACAGGGUUUUGGACGCAUUAGCUGGGGGGUAUAAUUUUCAUUACGGAGCCAGAUCGAUAAAGCAUGAAGUGGAAAGACGGGUUGUCAGUCAAUUGGCAUCUGCUCACGAAAAUCAGCAAUUGCUUCCUAAUUCCACCAUAUACAUCACGGCUGAAGAAAUUGAUCAACUGGGAACAGAGGAUGAAUAUAUCAUUAAACUAAAAAUUAAAACGAAAGGUGACAAGCUUGUCGAUCUAGAGAAUCCCAUUCUCUCUCCUCUCACUGGAAAGUGAAAACCUCAACAAUCAUUAUCGUACUAUCAUAACAUGGCGUGCUAAAAACGGAUAUAUGUAUAACGAGAUACAUAGUGUACCUUUACAUAGUGUACCUUUCAAAAUUUAAAGUGUUUAUUUUAUAUGAUUGACACACCUAGUCAUUUUUAUACAACUUUUUAGACAAAAUUUUACGCAAUAAUGAAAUAAAAAUCGCACUAAAUCUCA